CUCGCCCACUCACCCACCACCCAUCCGGCAGAACAAGCUGCACUCUCACCUAUCCACUAACUAUAACAAACUGUUAUUCACCAACUAUGCAAAUGCCUUUUGGGACCUUCCACUUCAACCUCUUGCCCACUUCGGAAAGGCAUUUUCCUAGACUCGGAUAGAAACAUUCUCUACACUUGAUUUCAGUUUCUUUCAGACAGUUUCUAAGAUCCCCUCAUCCUGAUCUCAUCGACCUUUCCCCCCGCGCGCGCUCGAACUUGAAUCAAAAUCUAUCUCACGCUCCUUUCGAUAGCUUCAAACAAACGUUCUAGUCGACCAACAAGCUCAUCGACUACUUUAUACGUGCUUUGCCUCCCCGUCAGGAUGUCGAACCAGGCGAUCCUACGACUUACAAGGGAGAUCAAACAGGUCCAGCAAGGGGCAGACCUAUCUCUGGCUGUACACUACGAUGAUUCAGAUAUCCGAAAUGUACAUGCUCUCAUUCUCGGGCCUCCUGAUACGCCAUAUCAGUUUGGAUUCUUCGAGUUCUCAAUCAAGUUUGGGAGAGACUACCCUACCCACCCGCCAAACGUUCGAGCCUUAACGACAAACUGUGGCCGGUGCCGGUUCAACCCCAACAUCUAUGCUACGGGCAAGGUUUGCUUAACAUGGCGCGGAUCACGCGAAGAGCAAUGGUCGUCUGCACAGGGCCUCGAGUCGAUCCUGAUAUCGAUACAAAGCCUGAUGUCCUCCAAUCCUUACGAGAACGAACCUGGGUUUGAGGUUGCAAGGUCGGAACAUGAUAAACGAAACUCGAAACAUUAUGUUGCAAAGAUCCGCCACGAGACACUUCGACUUGCGGUGAUCGAGCCACUGGAGGCGUCUCUGAGUAUCACCCCUUCAAGCGACGCGAGUACUUCACUCAGUGAUAACGAGGAACGGGAACUGUUGGAGGAAGACAAGCCCUCUUCCGUUCCUUUCGUCGAUUUUCGCAAGAGACGUUUCUUGUGGUAUUUUAGCGCCUACAUGCAGUCAAUAGAUGCUGCCAUGCUGGAAAAUCCACGUAAACAGAAAUUCACAAGGAUGCCCUUCGAACAGGCCAACAAUUCGAUGGACGGCCACUUCGAUUAUGCUGAGCUGAAGCAGCGGCUGGUGGUCAUAAAGACUGCACUUAAUGAGGAAAGCUCCAACUGGUCUGCCGAAGGGCUGGUGGCCAAAGAGCAGGAGUGGGGCAUUGCAGUAAACCUACAGCGCCAAUUCGAACAGAUUAUGGAGAGCAUGAAAAGCCAGAAUAAUUUCACAAUCGACCUGAAUUUGGUUGACGACAAUCCGUUCGUGUGGAAGCUCAUCUACUUUGGCAAGCCCAUGACGCAUCUGGAUGGCGGUAUAUUUGAGAUCGAUAUACGCCUCAGUCCGAAGUUUCCAGAAGUGCAGCCGCGAGUUUCCAUGAGAACUUCCUUCUUCCAUGUUCGUGUAAGCCCAGAUGGUGUCUUGUGUUAUUUCCCUCAGCGGUCGGAGGAAAUGCGAUAUCAUAUCGACGGUAUCGUGGCAGCUCUGGAGGAAGAAAACCCGCCUUAUGAUCCACGAACAACAGUGAACCCUGAAGCCUCUCGAUUAUUCUGGGGAACGCCCGAGGAUCGAAGAAGAUACAACCGCGAGUUGAGACGCUCACUUGAGAGAGCAUUGGAGUAAGCUCGCGGUAAUGCUUGAAUGUUCCUAGCUUCGUCGGCGCUGCGAGGCCGUGACAGACCCAGGUUGCUGGUUAGGUUCUACUCUAUUCCGACGAAAAAGGCUUUCACGGCUUCGACAUAGUUUUCUGAAUGACAUUCAGUGCCAUCAACUCUCCCUUGUACUUUAAGAUUUGCGCGCUUCUGAGAAUGAUUCCACAGGGAUAUGAAUGGACGGGCGAUUGCAUUGCCAUGUUGGAGAGAUGGGUGUUUACUGUGAGUGGCGCAUGAUUUUGAAAAGUGGCUGGCGGCUGGGAAAAGAAUGCUUUUGCAAUGUUGUUUCUUUGAAGAGCUUACGUUCCGUUACUUGCAUUAGU